AUGGACAACAGCAGCCUGGACCCUCAGACCCCUGAGCCCUCCGACACCAGCCUCCACGGCACCGCCCCACCCUGCACCACGGAGCGCCACCAGGCCUCCCGCCUGCUGCUCUACAGCCUCCUCAGCGCCGCCGUGGUCUGCACCGUGGUCGGCAACCUGCUGGUGGUCCUCUCCAUCGCCUACUUCAAGCAGUUGCAGUCCCCCACCAACUGCUUCGUCAUGUCCCUGGCGGUGGCUGACAGCCUUGUGGGCCUGGUGGUGAUGCCCUUCAGCAUGCUGCGCACCCUGGACGGCUGCUGGCGGCUCGGCGCCCUCUUCUGCCGCCUGCACUCCAGCCUGGACGUCAUGCUGUGCAGCGCCUCCAUCUUCCACCUCAGCUGCAUCGCCUUCGACCGCUACUACGCCGUGUGCAACCCGCUGCUCUACUCGCUGGUGAUGUCGCGGGACCGCGUGGCGGCGCUGAUCGUGGGUUGCUGGGCCAUUCCUAUGCUCAUCUCCUUCGGCCCCAUCAUGGGGGGCCUCCACGCGGUCGGCGUGGAUGUCCCCCUGCCCCCGGACGUGUGUGUGCUCCUGGUGAACCGCGCCUACGCCGUCACGGCCUCCCUAGUGGCGUUCUACCUGCCCAUGGCGGUCAUGCUGGUGGCCUACUGGAAGAUCUACAAGGCGGCCAAGCGGCAGGCCAUGCAGAUCAGCGCCAUGGAGAGCCAGAUGGCAGCCGGCGUGGGGAAGGACUCGAGCAAGAAGCAGCGGCACCGCAACGCCAUGCGGAGAGAGAGGAAGGCGGCCAAGACCCUGGGGAUCAUCAUGGGGGUCUUCCUGCUCUUCUGGAUGCCCUUCUUCACUGUCAACAUCGUGGACCCCUUCAUCGAGCACAGCACCCACGCACUGGUGUGGGACGUGUUCCUGUGGCUGGGGUACAUCAACUCCUCCCUCAACCCCUUCCUUUAUGGCUUGUUCAACCGCUCCUUCCGCAGGGCCUUCCUCAUGAUCAUGGGGUGUAGGAUCUGUCUGCCCGGCGCGUCCCCCAGAAUAAACCUCUCUCAGUCUCAGGAGGGUGCUGAGCACACUGAUCAGCAGUAGAGCGCUUUCUGUUGUUUUUGUUUGUUUGGUGUUGGAUUUAGGGACUUGGGAUCCCAUUAUAUUCCGUUUCGUUCAUCAUCACAAGGGCUUUAGGCAACUCGCUUAUCUUAGAUUGGUUCAGGAGUGUAAACACAAGUAGAAAAUGAAGGAAUUCAUUAAAGUACACAUUUGUGGUGCCAGAAAUAGCCGACUCAAAGGGAUUGAACCAAUGUAUUAUGUGAUUGUAUAUUUGUACAGCGUCUCCAGUAUUUUCAAAGCUGCAAUGUGUCAACUUACUUUGGAAACAAUAGGCUGACAUAACUUAAAGAAUAAGAGCUUAAAUGUAAUUAUCUUUAUUAGAAUUUCUCAAGUUUAAAUAAAUCCCAUUUUAUUUGGAUGCAAAAUCACGUUAACGUAGCAUCCUAACAACAAGUGUCAGCCCCUUAUGAUGAUCUGCAUAAUAUGUUUGAAAGAGAUGUUCAAUGAGGUAGUGGCUCUGACCCAACAGCCGGGAUCAGCCGCGGCAACAGGGGCUGGAGCCACUUUGUUUAGACGGCCCGACUCUGACUCAGAUGUAAUACACAAAAUGUCAUAGAAAUAUCAACAUAAUCAGCAUUGUUAAUCCCAUCUGCCAUCGUUUAUUGAAAGGUGCUAAAUGUAAUAAAUAAGCUUUACUAAAUCAUAAAAUGGCCACGAUUGGUCAUCAGAAAGUAAGGAACAAACUUCUCCUUUGAAAAUUCAGUUCCAUGUCUGAAGUUUUGUUUUUGUUUCGGCCUUGUGUUAUGUUUCAGCAUUCCCUGAGUCCUCCGGGUUCCCAGAUAUUAAACCAAUUGGCACAGAAAAACUGUCUGCUGCAGCACCAUGACCAGAGCAGUUCUAAAACACGGGUUAAUCUUAACCCUGCGUUCACACCAAAAGAUGCAAAAAGUU